GCGUGAAAACCAAACAUGCUCUGAGGCACCACAUGAAGCUUCAUAAAGGCAUCAAAGAAUACGAGUGUAAAGAAUGCAAUCGCAAGUUUGCCCAAAAAGUCAACAUGUUAAAGCACUACAAGAGACAUACAGGUAUAAAUGACUUCAUGUGUGAACUGAGUGGAAAGACUUUCAGUGAACGAACAACUUUAGAGACACACAAACUCAUCCACACAGUAGGUAAGACGUGGACAUGUGCAACGUGCGAUAAGAAGUACCUGACGGAGUACAUGCUGCAGAAACACAUCCACCUGACCCGUGAAAAAGUGGAGGCCCAGUCCUGUCAGCUGUGCGGGACCAAGGUGUCGACACGCGCCUCCAUGAACCGUCACCUGCGACGCAAACACCCGGACGCGGCUCCUGUGAGGAUGGAUGAUUUUGAUGAUCUACAGGAGAAUUUGAUGCUCAAUGACUCGUCUAUCAGCAU